GACAGCGCCCUCCGCCAUGAGCGGGUCAGACGCCGCCGCAGCCGCCGCCGCUGCCAAAGCCAAGAAGCUCAACCUGGAGCGCGCCACCAACUUCAUGAGGCAGUUCCGCGACCCUGACAGCCGGGAGCUCAAGAAGCUGUCCGCCAACCAGUUCAUGGAAGUCUGGAGCCACUACGACAAAGACGGAAACGGCUACAUUGAAGGCACAGAGCUGGAUGGCUUCCUCAAAGAAUUCGUCUCCAGUGCGAAUGCUACCGAUGUCGGUCCUGAGGCCGUUUCUGACGCUAUGCUGGUGGAGCUGAAGCAGUGCUUCAUGGAGGCCUACGACGACAACCAGGAUGGGAAGAUCGACAUUAGAGAGCUCGCUCAGCUGCUGCCAAUGGAGGAAAACUUCCUGCUGCUCUUCCGAUUCGAUAAUCCGCUGGAAUCCAGCGUCGAAUUUAUGAAGAUCUGGCGGGAGUACGACACAGAUGGCAGCGGAUACAUCGAGGCCGACGAGCUGAAGAACUUCUUGCGCGACCUUCUGAAGGAGGCUAAGAAGAUGAAUGACGUCUCCGAGGACAAGCUCAUAGAGUACACCGACACUAUGCUCCAGGUGUUUGAUGCUAAUAAAGAUGGACGGCUUCAGUUGUCAGAGAUGGCAAAAUUACUGCCUGUUAAGGAGAACUUUUUGUGUCGGCAGAUAUUCAAGGAAGGCAUUGGAGGAGCCACCAAACUUACAAAAGAUGACAUAGAGCGAGUGUUCUCACUUUAUGACAGGGAUAACAAUGGUACAAUAGAGAACGAAGAACUAAGGGGAUUCUUGAAAGACCUGUUGGAGCUAGUCAAAAAGGAUUAUGAUGCUCAAGAUCUGCAAGACUUCGAGGAAACUAUUCUUCGUGGUGUUGAUUACAACCAGGAUGGAAAGAUCAAUAAGAAAGAACUCACAAUGAUACUAUUGGCUCUUGCAAAACAUAACCAGGAGGAAGAUGCUGCUUAAAUUCUGUUAAAAAAUUCUUUUUGAAAUGAAUGGUGAUACAGAUACUGAAUGAAGUUCACUAAUGAAAGAGCUGACUUUGUAUUUGUUCCACAUAAAUGUUCCAAGUAAAACCAGCAAGCUGUAAACAUCAAUGAUAAGUAAUAUAGAGUGUUAGAAAGUUUAUUAAAUGACAGUUUUGAUGAACAUAAGGCAAUGACUCAUUAAGCUAACAUGAACAUAGUACCAUGUGUCAAGCAAGACUUUGGUGAAGCAAAUAAAACUAGCCCAUAUAUAAGUAAAUUUUUUAAAAUAACCUUACAGAGACAAAUACAUGGUUGAAUACUUCAUGAAAGAAUGUUUUGUAUAGAUUUUAAUGCCGAUUAAAACAAUUUAUGGAUUAAAAUCCCGAGUGCUCAGGGUGAAAACAAUGUUGUUUGGGCAAAUAAGCAAUGUAUUGUAGUGUUCAUCUUAAUGCAAGGUUAUAUAAAAUACCCAUAAACUAAAACCAAAGUGUGUCUUUUUCUUGAGGAAUGGAAACAAGUGACAUUAAUGUGCUUGAUUUCACUGGUCGGAUUUCUAACACACCAUCACACACCAAUAUACGAAAUUUCAUGAGUUACAUUUGAAAAAUAAAAAUAACAGUUAAGUUUACAAUAAGAUUCAUAGAGCCACAUUCACCAUCAGAUAUAGCCUAUGUUGAAUUACAUUCAUUGAAGUAUAGAGUAAAUAAAAUAUUUACUGCAAUUUAUUAUCUCUUAGGUACUGAAAGAGUUAUAUUGAGUCUAGUGCUCAGUUACAGGUGCAACAUUUUUUUAAAGACUUACUGCUGUCUCAUAAGUAACAGUGUGUCAUUCCCAUUCAUGUCAGUUUGCUACUUUCUGAAAAUCUUACUACUGAUGCAUAUUGUGAACAAAACACUAGAUUUGUUCCCUUAAACUGUGAAACUUUUGUAUGGCAGUACUAUACACAUUUGGUGCAGCCUCUAAACAUCACAAUUUACUGUAUAAUAAUGGUUUUUAGAUAUUUGUAACUGUGUCUUAAACACAAAGGAAUAAGCAAUUUAAGAACUAUGUAUUGGCUUCACUUACAAUAGAUGUGUUUUCUGCUAUGCUCAAUUUUUGUAGUGUUUAUAAAAAUGCUAACUAUAUUAUGACUAUCAGAUCAUGUUAGUCAGCCACACACUAAUACAAGAAUAUAAAACAACUAAAUUUAAUGUGUACUGAUAAGAAAAGAUUAAUUCCAUGAAUCAUAACAGAUCUAACUUUAAAUAGAGUUAAUCAGAUAAUAGUGUAAGUAACAGAAGCUGAAAGCAAUUGAGAACAAGACUUCAUUAAUUUAGAAAAAAAAAUGUACAACUAGUAGCUGCUGGUACAAUAGUAAAGACAUUCCUGACAAGUGGCUUUAAACACCAAUUUUAAUUUAACACACAGAUCCAUUGCAUAAGUGUUUUAAAAGUUACUGUCCAAAUGUGCACAAGCAUUUUGCACAAAUUUUAAUAAUGACUUGAUAGAUAUAUACAAAUAUAACUGAUAAGGAAUGCUGUGCCAAACAGAAUUUUGUUAGUGAUUUUUAAAGUGUCCACAUUAAGGUGUUAGUGGAAUCAUGCUGUUUAGCAAUGAAAUUAAGAAAAAAAAUAAUUUUUUAUGUUGUAUCGGCUGGGUUUACUUGGAACCUUGAUUGUUGUAUAAGAAUGUUUAUCAAUGUUAAUUAUUAUAAUAAAUGAUAUUUUGUAUGAAAUGCAGUAUAUGUUAUAAAGUAUGUUUGGAGUUUGUGAGAUAUUCUAUAUGAUAUUGACUGCUUACUUGUGGAAAACAAUAAGAAGCAAUGCUUUUUACUUUUUAAGAUUAAUAAAACAUGAAAGCUAGUAGUUAAUUAAUUGAACCCCUUGCUAACAAGUCUCCAGUCUUCAUUCAUACUGAAUGUAUGUUCCAGUCAAAAAAAAUUGGAAUUAUAUAUGUGUACUCCAUCAAAAUUAGUUAGAAAUAAUCUUU